CAGAUCUGUUUCAGCACGGUAGAGUAAAGAGCACAGCAGUGGAAAAAAAAAUCGGGCUUCAAAUGAAAAGAGAACAGUUUAGAUAGACAACUAAAGUGGGCCAGAGAAAGCCACGGCUGAAAGUAACUUUCAAAAGCAGGGAGAUAAAAGUGAAGAAAAUCAGGGUGAGAGAUAAACUGAGAGAGGAGAGAUAUAUUUAGUUCUUUAAAAAGAAUGGGCUCCUUGGUAAGCGGUGCUGCUGCUCUUCUCUUAACUUCCCUACUGGCUUUGCUCUUUGGACUUUCUUUGGUCCUGGGUGAGGAUUUAAGAGAGAGAGAUGCAUUAUGCAAUGCGGACGGCUGCUUUGUAGUCUACUUCCAACGCAAGACCUUCCUGGACUCAUGGAAGGCCUGCAAGGACAAAGGUGGCAACCUAGCUACCAUUAAACGCAGGGAGGAUGCCACCACUAUUGCCACUCUCUUCUCCAGUCUGGAUUUGCGCCACUCGCGCACCCAUAUCCGGGUAUGGAUUGGCCUGCAGCGCCAGCCUCGCCAGUGUGCCACCACACGACCACUUCGGGGUUUCUCUUGGACUACUGGUGACCAGGACACAGAGUAUACCAACUGGCAGAAAGAGGACUCGCCUAGUAUGUGCUCGGUGUCCCGCUGCGUGGUUAUGGGCUACAACACUCAGGAGCAGAAUGAUAACUUCAAAUGGCUGGAUGGUUCCUGCUCAGUUGCUGUAGAUGGGUAUCUUUGUCAUUAUGCCUACGUAGGAAUGUGUCCUGCCUUGUGGAGUGAAGGGGCAGGCAAUGCCCUCUACAACACACCAUUUAGCCUUCUAAGCACACUGCUAACCCAUUUACCCUUUGGAUCUGUCGCUACCGUGCCCUGCCCUGCAGGCACCAAGGAAGAACAGUCAGUUUUGUGUAUGCAGAAGGAAGAUGGCUCAGUGGGGUGGUCAAGAGAUUCCCCCCUCUGCUCCGAUCCCCCCGAAUCGCACAACUGGUGUGACCAGAAUAAUGGUGGAUGUGAGCAUUUCUGCAGGCCGGCCGGUGUUCACUUCUACUGUGAGUGUGCCGAUGGGUAUCAACUAGGAGACAAUGGGCAGAACUGUGAGGAAUCUGAUGUUUGUCAAGGGGCCCAAUGUGAGUUUGAAUGCCUGCUCCUCUCAGAUGGGUACCGUUGUGCCUGUCCUGAAGGAUACAUGCUUUCACCAGAUGAACGUGGCUGUUUGGAUGUAGACGAGUGCCUCCAGAGUCCUUGUGAGCAGCUUUGUGUGAAUGCUCCGGGGACAUUUGACUGUCAAUGUCGGGAGGGUUACCAUCCGGAUGAUGAGGGUGCGUGUGAGGAUAUAGAUGAGUGUAUAAAUGACCCAUGUGAACAUGCCUGUGAAAACACCCAAGGCUCUCAUAUCUGCCACUGCCAUCUGGGUUAUUCCCCAAUGCCCGAGGAGCCUAGCCGAUGCCAAGACACUGAUGAGUGCCAGAUCCCUAGGACCUGUGAGAAGAUGUGUGUAAAUUACGAGGGUGGAUUUGAGUGCUACUGUGAGGAAGGCUUUGAACUCAUGUCUGAUCACUUUUCAUGUCGCAAGAGAGGGGAAGGAGAUGACCUAUCUGCUGUCACUCCUCCUUUUCCUUGGGCAACCCACCAGCCUGGACCUUUAUGGGACCCUGUGGAUUAUGACUGGAACCCACAGCAGAGCCACACUGACUGGCCUCUUGAAGAGGAGCAGUCUCUGGACUGGCUGACUGACCCACCCAAAGUUUUGGAUUCUGAUGUAAUUUGGGUCACUAGUGCCCCUCAGGAGGAACAGCUCUUUGACUUAGCACUGGACGCUCCAACACAGGAGACUGAGGAAGAUGAAAAAGACAUAGACAAUGGAGGAGCUGACUGGUUGGAGUGGGGGCAGAGAUCUGGGUCUGAUCUGGAAAUUUUGCCAACCACCAUCUACCCCACACCUGCACCUACCACCAAUUCCAACUCGAAUACCCCAGACUGGUACAACAACGACGAGGAUGAUGAUGAGGAGACCACCACAGCUCUCCCCUUCCUUUCCACUUCUACAAUCUCUGAGGGAGCUUGGAACUGGUGGGCAGGGCUCAUCCCCUCCAGUCAGAAACCAGAACAUCCAGAGGAUUUCCUCAUAGACCUCAACAUGCCUACGGAGGAGUUAGGGAAGGAGGAAAAUGACUUUGUGGAGAUCACACACCAAGAUGUUCCCACCCAGCCUACUCCUUCCCAGCCACCCCCAAGCAAGGGUGGAGAGAGCGAUGAAAUCCUGGAUUCAGUCCAGGAAGACAGGGGUCAGAAGCAGAGCAGCACUUGGCUCCUUGUGGGCCUCCUAGUGCCAAUCUGCAUCUUCAUUGUAGUAAUGGUGGCCCUAGGCAUUGUCUGCUGCACUCGCUGUGCUGUUCAUUCACGCAACAAGAAUGCCACUGACUGCUACCACUGGAUCUCUGGGGCUCAUGAUAAACAGGGAGCUCCUAACCCCUCAGCAGGGGUCAAGACCCAUGUUUAAAUAGAGAAGAGAGAAACUGACAUUGACAUAAACAGACUCUGCUUCAGAGGUAAGCAGGAGUGAAUAAUGGACCUGGUAAGGGACAAGCUAAAUGUUUUACCCUCUCUGACUGUUGAACUGCCCACACUUUGAACACAUUUGGAUAUUACUGUUAAAUAUCAAUUGAUAGAGGUUGAAAACCACUGAGCUUUUCUGGGAUGGGAUUUAUAUGUGGUAAAAACUGCUUUGAUGUUUCAUACACUGACCACACAGCACAAGACCUGAUUGCGUCAUCGUUGCACUAGGCUACAUAAUUAUAAAAUAUUAGUGUCUUCAUUAGUUAUGUAAAGUAAUCUGCAAAUAUUAGAGAAUAAUGUGGGUAGUCAUUUAUUAAUUUCAACAUUUCACAGCUGUAGCCAGAUCCUAAAAAGAUCCUUGUUAAUCGAUGUAAUUCAGCCUUAUUGUGGUAGCAAACAUUUACUAUGAGGCGUCUUCUAUGCAAAAUCCUCAGGCUCAGUUCAUUUCAAUAGCAUAUCACUGUAGAUAAUUGUUACUGUCAAAUGUGUUAAAGGGAUUAAGAUGCAUUGUUAACUCACAUCAGCAAUGGGUGAAAGGAGACUGUAAGCAAAUAUCCCUUCUAGAGAAAAGACAUUCUACAGUCACAUGAUAAUGCUGGGAAAGCAGUAAUUUGAAAAUAACUGUGUUGAAUGUUUGAUAAGAUACCAAAACUUUAUUUGUAUAUAGUGGUUAUUUUGUAUUUAUGUUUGUUGUAUACUUGUCACCAGCCUUUCUUUUUUGAAGAAAAUGUAACAAUUGUAAUAAUUCAAUGACGUAUCUUCUUUUAUGGACACAUGGUGAUAUGCAGAGGAACAUCUGUCUGCACAUGGGAAUGCUUUUCCCCACUCUUUCCAGUUUAAGAGCACUUCUCCUUUCCUUGACUUAUAAAAAAUAUUUUUUCAAAGAGGUUAAAGUGCAGAUGUUCACACUGCACAGGGAAUGUUUUAGGGGCUUGUGGUUGACAUUAGCCGUGGCCUUGUUCAUGAUAUGGCCAUCAGUUGCUCUACGUAAUCCUAAUUUAUUAGUACAGCCUUGAAGGUUUCGUAUUAACUAGGCUGUGUUGGAUUACAUCCAGAUGUGUGAGACUGCAGUCAGUGCAACACCUUGUAGUUGCUGGUGCAACUUCAGAUAUAAAAAAAUAAAUAGACAUAUCCCAAAGAUCUCAGACACCAAAAUUAUAACAUGGGGAAAGAAAUAUUGCAAAUUGGAUAUUAGGGUGUAUGGAUUUUGAAGAAAAAAAUGAAGAAAGAAUACAAGGUACUUUCAAGUUAAAACAUCUUAAUUUUAUGGAUACAUGGAUAUUUAAUGCCUGGGGGAACAAAGUGCUAAUACAAAUGUACACAUGUAAUUUGUCUUAUUUUAUUGAUAGACUGUGAAAUAUAAGAAACAUUGGAUGUCUUUUUUUUCUGUUACAUGUUAAGAAGUUGUGAAUUAAAAACUAUGACAAUG